GCGUAUUUAAUUGCUACAUCMGGAUUAGCAUUUCUCCCCUGCCUUUUGAAGAAGGAGGAUGGAGAAAGACACGAAGAUCAGAGCCGUCCCACCUGUCUGCGACCUCCUGAGCGUCCUGAAAAAGGAGGAAGAAAAUUGUGCUGAGAUUCUCUACCUAGAGGCAAAGAACAGGACGCCUGAAAGCAAUCUGCUGUUGGGUGCAGGCAGAUGUGCUGGAAUGUGGGAUAACAUGAGCUGCUGGCCUUCAUCUGUGGUGGGACAGACUGUUGAUGCUCAGUGCCCCAGAUUCUUCCAGAUGUUGACAGGGAAAAAAGGUUUUGUCUAUCGAAACUGUACUAGCGAGGGUUGGUCAGCCCCAUAUCCAAGACCUGAUAUUGCCUGUGGUUACAACGUAGAUGACACCGUGAAUGAGGCAAGACGUUCCUAUUUCACGACUCUGAAGACCAUGUACACUGUUGGAUACUGCACCUCCCUCGUGACGCUGUUCAUAGCCUUAGUGAUCCUGGCCUCUUUCAGGAGACUUCGCUGUACAAGGAACUACAUCCACAUGCAUCUGUUUGUGUCGUUCAUCCUGCGAGCCUCAUCAAACUUCAUCAAGGAUGCUGUUUUGUUUUCCUCCGAAGACACCAGUUACUGYGGGGUGUACACGGCUGGAUGUAAACUCACGAUGGUCUUCUUUCAGUAUUGCAUCAUGGCCAACUACAGCUGGCUCCUUGUAGAGGGGCUCUACCUCCACACUCUCCUGGUCAUUUCUUUCUUCUCAGAAAGAAAGUUUCUCUGGUGGUUCAUCGCUCUUGGAUGGGGUACCCCAACUGUGUUUGUGGUGGCAUGGGCCAUGGCCAGGCAGUUCCAUGAAAAUAUUGGGUGUUGGGACGUUAACACUGAUGCCAAUACCUGGUGGAUCAUUAGAGGCCCUAUAGUUUUGUCUAUUUUUAUUAACUUCAUUCUUUUUGUCAACAUUUUAAGAAUUUUGAUGAGGAAGCUCAGCUCACCCGAAGGCAGGAGCGGGGAUAUCAACCAGUACAAGAGACUCGCCAAGUCCACCCUCCUCCUCAUCCCGCUCUUCGGCAUUCACUACAUCAUCUUUGCUUUUUUUCCUGAAGAUGCAAGUAGUGGYGCAAUGGAAAUUCAGCUGUUUUUUGAAUUAGCUCUUGGAUCAUUCCAGGGCUUUGUCGUGGCUGUACUUUACUGUUUUCUGAAUGGAGAGGUGCAGCAGGAGGUGCAGCGCAAAUGGAGGCAGUGGCACCUGAGCCAGCGCUUGCGGCAGCCGCUGAGCGCCUCGGGCAGCACCGGCGCCAGCGGCUGCACCCAGGAGCUGCCCGGCGCCAGGGGGAUCCCGCCGGAGCCCCGCGCGCUGUAG